GCUAGAACGUCUCUUCACUCGUGCGUGAGCGGUGUGUGUGUGCGGGGGUGAGUCGAGAAGGGUGCGCGCGGACAUGGGGUGCUGCCAGUCCGGGCCCGAGGGGGACCCAGGGGUCCCAGGGCCUCCCUGGACGGCGGAGAAGACGUCCUCCGGAGACGCCCGCUGCAGACCGGCCGGCACCGUCAGCGAGGUCUUCACGGCCGAAUGCCUUCGAGACACGAGCCCGCGGCCCGCCGGCGGAGCUGCCCUCAUGGACCUCAGCAGGAUCCCCGGGCCGGCGCACGAGUCCUGCCACGCCAACGCCAGCCGCGUCGUCAUGGUGCGCAAGACGGAGCAGAGGACCUUCGCGUCGCGCUCCGGCGAGGAGGAGCCGAAGUUCGAGACGGUGACCCGCGAGACGGUGGAGACGUUCAGGGGCAACCGCACCGAGCGGGUCACCACCUCCGAGAAGAGAGACGUGCUGAGGAACCUCCCUGAAGACCUGACCUCCAGCCUGGCCGAGGUCAGCCUCAACGGAACACCGAGGAACGGCGUCCCGUCGAGGAACACCAGGUCUCCCAGUCUGUCCCCCGAGCGGAGCAUCCCGGUGAGACAGAAACCUGAGGGCAAGUUGGCAGGCCUGUUCCGGCCCAAGGGGCGCGCGGACGGGGAGUCCCCGGGCUCGGAGGGGGACUUCGUCGCGGACUGCCUGCGCGCGCACAACGAGUACCGGCGCCGCCACGGCGUCGAGCCGCUCAAGCUCAACAAGAAGCUGUGCAAGCACAGCGAGGAGUGGGCCAAGCGGCUGGCGUCGCGGGGCGUCAUGGAGCACCGCCAGAACUCCGAGUACGGGGAGAACAUCUUCUGCAGCUGGUCUUCGAGCCCCAGCUACAAGGUGACGGGCGGCGAGCCCGUCGACAACUGGUACAGCGAGAUCAAGGACCACCCAUUCGGUCGCGAGCCGCGGGACCUCAAGUCAGGACACUUCAGCCAGGUGGUGUGGAGGGCCAGCAAGGAGCUGGGGGUGGCCGUCGCCAAGAGCCGCAACGGGCACAUCUUCGUCGUGGCCAACUACUCUCCCCCCGGCAACUUCAUCGGCAGCUUCUCCGAGAACGUACUGCCCCCCGUCGGCACGGACGCCGUGCCGCAGCCCAUGGGACAGCUGUGCACGAAGCCCAGACAGACGCCCGGCGCGAUGCAGGCCAGCGCGGCGGAGGAGAGCUUCGAGGAGGAAGGCCUGCGCGUGCACAACGAGUACCGCAGGAAGCACGGCGUGCCCGACCUGAAGAUGAACACAUCCAUGUGCGGCUACGCGGCCGAGUGGGCACGGACGCUGGCCCGCGAGGACCGGUUCGGCCACCGCACCGACUCCAAGUACGGCGAGAACAUCUUCUGCAGCUGGAGCUCGGACCCGUCGGCCAAGGUGACGGCCAAGGACGCCUGCGACAGCUGGUACAGCGAGAUCAAGGACCACCAGUUCGGGGCGGAGCCGCGCAGCCUCAAGUCGGGCCACUUCACGCAGAUGAUAUGGAAGGGCAGCGAGGAGCUGGGCAUGGGCAUGGCCAAGGGCAAGAACGGCCGCACGCUCGUCGUCGCCAACUACAACCCGCGCGGGAACAUGAUCGGCCAGUUCGCCGCCAACGUCCCGCGCCCCCGCUGACGGCCGCCGGCUCCGAUACUCGAGAAACAUCUGCAGUCGCGCAAAUUGAAACAGCUCAGACUAAGAGUCCAUGUAUAUUUUCACUUGUAUUUUAAAUUAUGUACAUAAAAAUGUGCCUAUACACGCAAUCAAAGGUUCAGCAAGCGCAUUUUUGUAGGCAUGGUAAGAUGUCUUAUUUAUUCUUUAGUAGAAGUAGAGUAAAAAAAAAUUGUAAAAAAACUUCAGCCCGUUAAAGCUUCCAUCUUUUUUAAAUGCUUCAUUACUAGGGACAAGAUUAUAUGGUGAUUUUCGAUAAAACCAAAAUAACACCGAAAAAGAAUGUCAAUACACCAAAUAAAACACCAAAAACUGACAUGCAAUUGAAAUCAUGAAACUAAUCAACAUUUUCGAUCAAAACUUAACGCUGAUAAAACCAAAAUAACACUGAAAAGAAUGUCAACAACACCAUAUAACACCAAAAACAAACAUGCCAUUGAAACCAUGAAACUAAUCAACUUUUUCGAUAAAAACUCAACUCUAAUGACAAGUACCUAAUCUAGUAAAUAUUAAAUUCAAUGAAAGUAAUUUAUUUAGCUCAACGUUUGAACCAAAAUUUAAUGAAGAAAGAUUGGAAAAAACGUUUUACCGAUUUAAUCUUGCAACUGUUAUGUAGUUACUCAUUUUUAUUUUCAUCACGACCUUAGAACAUUUUUUCAAACACAGAACUACUUCACAGAUUUAUUUUAUUUGUUCCGAUAAGUUAUAAAUGCUUAUUUCAAAUCAUCAUAUAUUGAAAAAAGUGCAACAUUUUUCAGUAAAAAUUACACUUUUUUUUAUUUUUAGAAAGUUGUAUCAUGGAGCAUUAAAUAUCGUAUUAGUUCAGUAAUAUGCUAUCUUUUUUAAUAAACAGAUUUCACAAAAAUAAAUUAAAAGAACAUAGAAAUCUCUUGUUUUUUUUUUAAAAAAAAAAUUAACAUGAAAAAAAAAACAUAAAAA